CCGAGCCUCAGCCCGGGAGGUCGGAGAGCUGCCCCGGAAGUCAUCUCCCCGUCCCCCGCCCGCGGCAAACAUGGCGGUGGACUCGUCCAUGGAGCUGCUAUUUUUAGAUACUUUUAAACAUCCGAGCGCUGAGCAAAGUUCUCAUAUAGAUGUGGUUCGUUUUCCAUGUGUGGUUUAUAUCAAUGAAGUCCGAGUUAUACCGCCAGGCGUACGAGCCCACAGCGGCUUACCUGACAGCAGAGCAUAUGGGGAGACAUCUCCACACACAUUUCAACUAGACUUAUUCUUCAAUAAUGUAAGCAAACCAAGUGCUCCAGUUUUUGAUAGGUUGGGAAGCCUGGAAUAUGAUGAGAAUACUUCUAUCAUCUUUAGACCUAACUCAAAGGUAAAUACUGAUGGUCUGGUGCUAAGAGGCUGGUACAACUGUCUGACCCUGGCAAUCUAUGGAUCAGUAGAUAGAGUGAUAAGCCAUGACAGAGACUCUCCACCACCUCCUCCUCCACCUCCACCUCCUCCGCAGCCACAGUCGACUUUGAAAAGGAAUACAAAGCACGCUGAUGGAGAGAAAGAAGAUCAAUUUAAUGGAAGUCCUCCAAGACCCCAACCGCGCGGACCAAGAACUCCUCCAGGCCCUCCUCCACCUGAUGAUGAGGAGGAUGAUCCUAUGUCGUUGCCAGUGUCUGGUGACAAAGAAGAGGAUGUUCCCCAUAGAGAGGACUACUUUGAGCCCAUUUCUCCAGAUCGGAAUUCCGUCCCCCAGGAGGGUCAGUAUUCUGAUGAAGGGGAAGUAGAAGAGGAACAGCAAGAAGAAGGAGAGGAUGAUGAAGAUGAUGUGGAUGUAGAGGAAGAAGAGGAUGAAGAUGAGGAUGACUGCCAUACAGUAGACAGUAUCCCUGAUGAUGAGGAGGAAGAGGAAGAGGAAGAAGGUGAAGAGGAUGAAGAAGGUGAAGGGGAUGAUGGUUAUGAGCAGAUCUCGAGUGAUGAAGAUGGAAUUGCCGACUUGGAACGUGAAACUUUUAAGUAUCCAAACUUUGAUGUUGAGUACACUCCAGAAGACCUGGCGUCUGUUCCUCCCAUGACAUAUGACCCGUAUGACAGGGAACUAGUGCCACUCUUGUAUUUCAGCUGCCCAUAUAAGACUACUUUUGAAAUUGAAGUCAGCAGAAUGAAGGAUCAGGGUCCAGAUAAAGAAAAUUCAGGGGCAAUAGAAGCCUCAGUGAAGUUAACUGAACUGCUCGAUCUGUAUCGUGAAGACAGGGGCGCAAAAUGGGUGACGGCUCUAGAGGAAAUUCCAAGUUUGAUUAUAAAAGGAUUAAGCUAUUUGCAGUUGAAAAACAUAAAACAAGACUCUCUUGGUCAGUUGGUAGACUGGACAAUGCAAGCUUUAAAUUUACAAGUAGCCUUUCGCCAGCCCAUAGCCUUAAAUGUCCGACAGCUCAAAGCCGGGACCAAGCUGGUGUCUUCGUUAGCAGAGUGUGGGGCUCCGGGAGUCACAGAGUUGCUGCAGGCAGGAGUGAUCAGUGCACUGUUUGAUCUCCUGUUUGCUGACCAUGUCUCAUCUUCCCUUAAGUUAAAUGCUUUUAAAGCUUUGGACAGUGUCGUUAGCAUGACAGAGGGGAUGGAGGCCUUUUUAAGAGGCACCCAGAGUGAGAAAAGUGGCUAUCAAAAACUGCUGGAGCUCAUCCUCCUGGACCAGACUGUGAGGGUUGUCACCGCUGGCUCAGCUGUUCUUCAGAAAUGCCAUUUCUAUGAGAUCUUGUCAGAGAUCCGAAGACUCGGUGACCAUAUAGCAGAGAAGACUUCGCCUGUUCCCAACCACAGUGAACCUGAUCAUGACCCAGAUGCUGGACUCGAGCGAACACACCCAGAUUAUGAGAAUGAAGUGGAAGCCUCUGUGGACAUGGACCUUUUGGAAUCCUCAAAUAUAAGUGAAGGCGAAAUAGAAAAGCUUAUUAGUCUCUUAGAGGAGGUUUUUCAUUUAAUGGAAACUGCACCUCAUACAAUGAUCCAGCCGCCUGUUAAGUCUUUCCCAACAAUAGCACGAAUUACUGGACCUCCAGAGAGGGAUGACCCAUACCCUGUUCUCUUUAGGUACCUUCACAGCCACCACUUCUUGGAGUUGGUCACCUUGCUCCUGUCGAUUCCAAUAACAAGUGCCCACCCUGGUGUACUGCAAGCCACAAAGGAUGUUUUAAAGUUUCUUGCACAGUCACAAAAGGGCCUUCUCUUUUUUAUGUCAGAAUAUGAAGCAACAAACUUACUGAUCCGAGCUCUGUGCCACCUCUAUGAUCAAGAUGAAGAAGAAGGUCUUCAGUCUGAUGGAGCUGAUGAUGCAUUUGCCUUGUGGCUGCAGGACUCAACUCAGACUCUGCAGUGCAUUACAGAGCUGUUCAGCCAUUUCCAGCGUUGUACAGCCAGUGAAGAAACUGACCAUUCAGAUCUCCUAGGCACCCUCCACAAUCUUUAUCUGAUUACUUUUAAUCCUGUGGGAAGAUCAGCUGUGGGCCAUGUUUUCAGCCUUGACAAAAACCUUCAAAGUCUCAUUACUCUGAUGGAGUACUAUUCCAAAGAAGCCCUUGGUGAUUCCAAGUCUAAGAAGUCAGUAGCUUAUAACUAUGCAUGCAUACUUAUUUUGGUGGUGGUUCAGUCUUCCAGUGAUGUCCAGAUGCUAGAACAGCAUGCAGCAUCUCUCUUGAAGCUUUGUAAAGCAGAUGAAAAUAAUGCUAAGUUGCAAGAACUUGGCAAGUGGCUUGAACCUCUGAAAAACCUCAGAUUUGAAAUUAACUGCAUCCCAAAUCUAAUUGAAUAUGUUAAACAGAAUAUUGAUAACUUGAUGACUGCAGAAGGAGUUGGCCUUACCACUGCCUUACGUGUUCUCUGUAAUGUGGCAUGUCCGCCGCCUCCCAUUGAAGGUCAACAGAAGGACCUGAAAUGGAACCUUGCUGUUAUUCAGCUUUUUUCUGCUGAAGGAAUGGACACCUUUAUUCGGGUUCUGCAAAAAUUGAACACUAUUUUGACGCAGCCUUGGAGGCUCCAUGUGAACAUGGGGACUACCCUUCACAGAGUUACUACCAUUUCAGUGGCUCGCUGCACACUCACUCUUCUUAAAACCAUGCUGACGGAGCUCCUGAGAGGUGGAUCCUUUGAGUUUAAGGACAUGCGUGUUCCUUCAGCACUUGUUACUUUACACAUGCUCCUGUGCUCUAUCCCUCUCUCAGGUCGUUUGGAUAGUGAUGAGCAGAAAAUUCAGAAUGAUAUCAUUGAUAUCUUACUGACUUUUACACAAGGAGUUAAUGAAAAGCUCACAAUCUCUGAAGAGACCCUGGCCAAUAAUACUUGGUCUUUAAUGUUAAAGGAAGUGCUCUCUUCCAUCUUGAAGGUUCCGGAAGGUUUCUUCUCUGGACUCAUUCUCCUCUCAGAGCUGCUGCCUCUUCCCUUGCCCAUGCAGACCACGCAGGUUAUUGAGCCACAUGAUAUAUCAGUGGCACUCAACACCCGAAAAUUGUGGAGCAUGCACCUUCAUGUUCAAGCAAAGUUGCUCCAAGAAAUAGUUCGUUCUUUCUCUGGCACAGCCUGCCAGCCCAUUCAACAUAUGUUGCGGCGUGUUUGUGUUCAGUUGUGUGACCUUGCAUCUCCAACUGCCCUUCUGAUCAUGAGAACUGUGUUGGACUUGAUUGUAGAAGACUUGCAAAGCACUUCAGAAGAUAAAGAAAAGCAGUACACUAGCCAGACCACCAGGUUGCUUGCUCUCCUCGAUGCUCUGGCUUCACACAAAGCUUGUAAAUUAGCUAUUUUACAUCUAAUUAACGGAACUAUUAAAGGCGAUGAAAGAUACGCAGAGAUAUUCCAGGAUCUUUUAGCUUUGGUACGGUCUCCUGGGGACAGUGUUAUUCGACAGCAGUGUGUGGAAUAUGUCACGUCCAUUUUGCAGUCUCUCUGUGACCAGGACAUCGCACUUAUUUUGCCAAGCCCUUCUGAAGGCCCUGUCUCUGAGCUUGAACAGCUCUCGAAUUCCCUACCAAGUAAAGAGUUGAUGACUGCAAUUUGUGACUGUCUGCUGGUGACUCUAGCUAAUUCCGAAAGCAGUUACAACUGUCUCCUGACAUGUGUUCGAACAAUGAUGUUUCUUGCAGAGCAUGAUUAUGGAUUGUUUCACUUAAAAAGCUCUCUGAGGAAAAACAGUGGUGCACUGCAUGCUUUGCUGAAGCGAGUGGUCAGCACGUUCAGUAAGGACACAGGCGAGCUUGCAUCCUCGUUUCUGGAAUUCAUGAGACAGAUCCUCAACUCUGAUGCAAUGGGCUGUUGUGGAGAUGAUAGUGGUCUCAUGGAGGUGGAGGGUGCUCACCCGCCCCGGACGAUGAGUAUUAAUGCCGCAGAAUUAAAACAGCUUCUACAGAGCAAAGAAGACAGUCCAGAGAGCUUGUUCCUUGAACUAGAGAAGCUUGUUUUGGAACAUUCAAAAGAUGAUGACAAUCUGGAUUCUUUGUUGGAUAAUGUAGUUGGACUGAAGCAGAUGCUGGAGUCGUCAGGUGAUCCUUUGCCUCUCAGUGACCAGGAUGUAGAGCCAGUACUUUCAGCUCCAGAGUCCCUGCAGAAUCUGUUCAACAACAGGACUGCAUAUGUGCUAGCUGAUGUCAUGGAUGAUCAGUUGAAAUCUAUGUGGUUUACUCCAUUUCAGGCUGAAGAGAUGGAUACAGACCUCGAUUUGGUAAAGGUUGACUUGAUUGAGCUCUCUGAAAAGUGCUGUAGUGACUUUGAUUUGCACUCAGAAUUAGAGCGCUCCUUUUUGUCAGAACCGUCAUCUCCAGGAAGAACUAAGACUACCAAGGGAUUUAAACUUGGGAAGCAUAAGCACGAGACUUUCAUAACUUCAAGUGGGAAAUCUGAAUACAUUGAACCUGCCAAGCGAGCUCAUGUUGUGCCACCACCAAGAGGCCGGGGCCGGGGCGGCUUUGGACAGGGCAUACGGCCCCAUGACAUUUUCCGCCAGAGGAAACAGAACACGAGCAGGCCACCCUCUAUGCAUGUGGAUGACUUUGUAGCAGCUGAAAGUAAAGAAGUGGUCCCUCAAGAUGGAAUACCUCAGCCGAAACGGCCGCUCAAAGUGUCCCAGAAGAUCUCCUCUCGGGGUGGCUUUUCAGGCAAUCGAGGAGGGCGGGGCGCUUUUCACAGUCAGAACAGGUUUUUCACACCGCCUGCUUCCAAAGGGAACUACAGCCGUCGGGAAGGAACCAGAGGCUCUAGCUGGAGUGCUCAGAACACUCCUCGAGGAAAUUACAAUGAAAGCCGUGGCGGCCAGAGCAAUUUUAACCGGGGUCCUCUUCCACCAUUAAGGCCACUUAGUUCCACAGGCUACCGUCCGAGUCCCCGGGACCGUGCUUCUAGAGGCCGUGGGGGGCUCGGGCCUUCCUGGGCUGGCACCAAUAGCGGCAGUGGAGGCUCAAGAGGAAAGUUUGUUAGUGGAGGCAGUGGGAGAGGUCGUCACGUGCGCUCUUUUACUCGAUAGACAUGGGAGCACCCCAAGUGAAUGGACAUUUCAUGAGGACAAAAAAAAAAGACAUUGGAGGACCAAUUUAGACUUAGCAGUUCUAUCUGGAGACAUCCGAGAGAGUAUUUUUAUCUGAAGAAAGCAGAUUUUGUUUGAUACUUAACGAGAUUUCAAUAAAAAUCCAAACUUUGUAUGUAUGUUUGUAUAUAUUUUUCCCAUUUUUAUAUGGUAUUUAUUUAGAAAAUUUCUAGGUAGAAAGAGAAAAAACUAAAUGACUUGUUUUGUAUUUUUCUUGCUUAUACAACGGAUAUUCCCAAGCUUUCUUAGCCUGUGACACCCUGUCGUGUUUCAGUCAUUUCUCAGUGUCCCCAGCCAGAAGCAAUCAUCAGGUCCAAAUAACCGAGGACUUGGCACCGUCGUCACCACUGAUUCUGGACGCUGCUCGAUGCCUCACCCUGGAACAGCAGCCAUUCCUGGCCAGGUUUCUCGAGCAGUGCUGCUUAUCAAACUGCUGACCGUUGUUACAAAGGUGUGCUGUCGUGGGAAGUCACGCAAUGUCCUGCAGUACUGAAAAUGUGAACUACCUCAGAUCAGUAGUUUGUGUGGUGUCCGGCAGAGGUGCUGUUGUCACCCGAGAAGUGGAAACACUGUGGCGCUCGUGCUUUAACAAGGUGCCCACCACCAGUUGAGGAAUCACAGCUGUCCAGAAGAAGAAAAACACUUCUUCAGCUUUGGACCUACUGUUGCUGUGUUAUUAUAUAGCUAUUUAAAGCUUAAGAUUGGGCGUAUCCUACUAUGGUUAUUUUGGGAAUCAGAAGCAUCUACUUUCUAUUCAGAAAUAAAACUUUUAACUUUGACAAAGGA